CCCUCUGCCCUGACACUAUGUUGUUGCUUUUGUUCUCUCCAGCCCAGUCCUCUGCUUGCAAGCAUCCUCCAGCAGGUACUCUGAGUGCAACAACACAGACAAUAAACAUUGCUGUAACUCGUCUCUCUGAUCUACUGUUGCAGUGCCUGUACAGAGCCUCAGAUUGCAUGUUGUGCUACUGAGCUGACUACACUGUCCUUCAACGUAAAGCGUGCAAGCAACACUCGACGAGCACACGCGAGCAUACUCGCGACAAUGUUCAUGUACAACCACUCCUAUGGUACCACCCUCUCCUCAAUGCUGUACGUGUUCUACUCCUUCGCACAAUCCUUGUUUGACAUCACUCUUGACAGAUUUGCCCCACGCACAUUUACAUUCCUCAGUGCUGUCCAUGACACCAUUUCGAAUAAGAACGUCCCAGAGAUACACCUUUGCAAUCACACACAACGCCUAAGUUCUCUGCACCUCCAAUUGCAAGACGUAGUCAGAGCAUGUGAUGUGCACGUACAGACAUGGCUUCGCUUGCUGCUCAAAUCAGCUUGUUCAACGCUCCGGAUCCCAACCUUGGUGCACCACUUACACUCGCUGCACGCUGUCACAGCACAGCCUCAGCCUCCACAACCUGCUCGACCUCAAUUCACACACGCACGCAAUUCAACUUGCAGGGACCGAGCGACGACCAAAGCGUGGUGAUGAAGACUACAUCAAACGGCCCGAGAACACAUCCUUCCUCUUCCGUUGCGGAUGCUGUUGGGAAAAGAACGAGGCAAGAGGCAGCUCAUCAUACACUACAAGUACUGUGAGUGUCUCUUCAUCAGCAUCUACUGCCGAUUCUGACGACUACAGCGAAUUUGACUCGCUCUCCACUGAUAGUUCACUGUAUGGCUGCCUGUUCGGAUAUCCGCACACGACGUGCAGUAGCGUGCGCAAAGUGGAGAUGGCAGACCUUGGUGAUUUUGAGAUGGGUGAUGUGGUGUGCUUGCAAGGAUGGGUCAACCGCAGAUGCAGUCAUAACCGUUGAGCCUCUCAAUGCCCUCGCUUUCGGGUGGUCCGUCUGGAUCUGGUCAAGGGAUGGGCCUGGCAAUCGACACCCGUAAUGCACUCGUUCGCCGCUCGAGUCUGGUCCGAUCCCAACCUCUACCUACUCGUAUUCGCAUCACAGCAGACACAGACACUCUCAGUGACUCUGCACAAAUCUUGACGCAGGCUGCACUAUGUAUGUGUUU